AUGUCGUCCGCCGUCGUCGGAAUCGGCGCAGGCCUCGGCGCGCUCUUUCUCUGCGCGGCUUGCUUCGUCGUCUUUCAAAUCUACAAACGUAAACGCGAACACAACCGCGAAAUCGCCGAGAUUGAACAAGGCUUUCCUCCAGCGCGACCUGUAGAGGUCUCUCAGCUACAACAAGGAAAUGGCGCAUCACAACUACCAUUCAUGCCGACAUAUGCGCCGUGUGGAGGAUGGGGUGCACUGACAUCAACAGAGACGAUACAUCAUCUAUCACCUUUUGCGCAGGUUGACAACCGCACCCACCCAACUUUUGUCUUUCCUGAAGAGCAGGCACGGUCAGGGUGGAGCUUUCCUGGAAGGAGGCCAAGGAUAGGACUUAUGCCAUCUGGUGCUAGAAGAUUGCAAGCACUUUCAGCUAUCAUGGAGAGUCCAAGAGGGGGUACGCCCAAGGCUAACUCCAGAAACUCACCGACUGCAACCAAAGGAGGAGCUGUCCGAGAACAAGAAGUGUCCGCUUCUGUGGAACAGUUGAUUCCAAAGCCAGAGGUCGUCACGACAGAUCUGCCGCAAAUACCUCCUCGCUCAGCCUCGCGACCAAUAAAGCUGGCUGGUGUGCCUACUCUCGAACCACCAACGCGGGAGCCAUCAUGCCGACCCCGAGCAGCUCGAUCAAAGUCAUUAGGGACUGUCUCUGACCCCAAUAAGCCCAACUCGACAAAUACAUUCUCGUCUGCUCCUGGACCGGCACCAACAGGACCUUUGCCUCCUCUUCCUCCUCUGCCAAGGAACAUUAGUCGACAAAGUGACUACAAUCCUGCGAACCGGCAUAGCGCUCUUGGUAUACCUUCAACAAAGCAUAAUGAUAGCACAUCAACGAGCCUGAACAGCAGUCCUGAACGCAACUGGGAAAGGAUCGUGAGUUCAGAGAACAUCAAUCCUAUACCGAAGUUCAGGAACAUCCAGAAACCUCCAACGCCAGAUGGUGUUGCAGCAGAAGCAGGCGCUGAAUUUUCGACUAAUUGUGGUAGUUCUCGACCAGCAAGUUACAUCGGACAUCGAAGAAGUCUUGUUUGUCCAAGUAUCACGUCUACUGGCAGCAAUCGCAACUCUGUGUCUAGUAUCACAUCCACUUUAGAGAAACAGUCAAACAGACUAUCGAUACCACAAAUUUUAAAUGCUGAUCGCAUCAGUAUAAGCCGUGUAUCGUCUUCAGGCUCUCUUAGCAGCGGUACUGGCGGUAUUACCAUGGUCAGUACUCCAAGGCGACAUACCGGAUCCUCAAGAGUCUCAGCAACUGGGUCACCAUCAGAGAAGCCCAAGCCAAAUAUCUUGCGGACGGUAUCAGGCAAUGCUGGCUCCCCACAAAGACCGAUGAAGAGUACCUUGAAAGAUCCGGGUGCCGAAACCAUGUUCAAAUGGGAGAAAUCAGUGAUAGGUCCCAAGCACUCCAUCUUGAAGGGCAGCCCCAGUGCGAGAAAAGGCCAUCGCAGACAAAAUUGUGUCCGCUUAUCGACUCUCGCACCCACAGUUCUGGGGCCAGGAGCUCGGAGCAGAUCGACUAGCCCUUCAAUGGAUGGGAUUCAAGAAGAGUUACCGGAUCGUACACUUGGACCAGUGGCCGAUAAGCAUCUAAAUGGCGAUGUGACAUUGCGACCGCGAACCACCAUGGAUCCCUUGAGGUUACGUGCAUCGCUGACACCUAGCUCACCGACUCUCUCUAUGGUGGCAUACCAAAACGAGCCGUCACCUUGGCACAGUGAAGUAAACUCGAGACGUGCAUCAUACGUGUCGCCAGGGGAAAAGUCUGCACGAUCACGAGAGGCAUCACUAUUCAGUAUACCCAGUCUUCCGGAGCUGAGUCACAUUGGACAAGAUGAAGUGGUGCAGCAAGGACCGGAAACACCUGCAAUAGAGUUUACCCGUCCAUCGACUGAAUGGUCGGAGCAUGAGCGCAGUCCUCCAUUCGGACUCCAUGUCACACCGAGCAAUUCGAAACGUUCAGUCUACAACCCUGCCUCAUCUCCACCACUGCCAUCAUGGUCAAACAAAUACGACCCGCCUGCUAGUGGACAAGAGUACGACCCUAACAGGCCAAUAUCAGUCUAUUCUUCCGAUGAGGAAGACAGCAGCUCUCCUAACUUUCCAUUCGCGCUCAAAGAUGAACCUGCACCAUUGGCUCGUUCAUCACCGCUGUCAUUCCUAGCUGACUAUGACGACGAAAAGGAGAAUGAUAAACUCAGAUCUCCAAAGAGCGAAAAAGAGAUCGAAUCACCAUAUGCUCGUGCAGCCGCUUUCACUGAACGCAUCCGCUCACCCUUCGAAUCCAUGCCUAUUCUCCGUCCCCAUGUCUCGUUCAUGGAAGACUUGGAUCCAAGUUUACCUUCUCCACCUGCAUCACCCAAUUCCAGCAUUUGUAAAACACCUCCACUUCUUUGUCGAACUGUUAGUAACGCCAGUGAUACACUUCCCAGCGCAAAGCUUGCAAAUCCAACCACCAGUACUCGCCGUCAAGAUCGUCGCAGUAGCAGCAUAAGCCCACGCCGCCGCAGUGGCAGCUCUAGUCCUCGUCGUCGCAGCGGUGGUAUUGAAAAACCCUCCUCUCGCAGCAAGCGCAUUACAGGACCACGUGCCCAACCACCGAAGGAUAUCCGCAAAAGUAUCAUGGCACUGAGACGUAUGAACUCGUCAUUACAAAUGUCAGAGGACGAGCUCGGCAAAGGCUCACACCGCUACCUCCAUCUUGGGCGCGAAGCCUCCCUCGAACUCCCCUUCGACUUUGGGUUUUCUUCGGAGGUCUCUGACAAUGAAGGAGAAGACGAUCCACCACAAGAUAUUCUGCUUGAAGAAGAAGAAGAUGACCAAAAGGAUAAAAGCAGGGAAUGUCACUAUAUCACUUAUUCGCCUACAAAGCCUGUUCUCAGUCUCUUGACUACACUCCCCGAAGCAAAGAGGAACAGACUCUCCGUAUGGGAUGAUGGAGAAGGCUACUGGGCAGACCAAGAACGUCGCGUCACUGAAGCCGUAACAUCCAGUCCUGUAGAUACGCCCACCAAUGCCUUGGACAGAAUGUUGGGUUGGGAAGCAAAAGACGGAAACAAUACAAAACACAGUCCUUUGGGGCAGUCGGGAAAGGAAGAACUACAAGUCUUGCACGAAGGAGAGGAAACGACUACUUGGGACAGAAGAAAGAGCAAAGCGAUGGAAACGCCAAAGAGCGUGAGGAGUUUGUACGAUCAACAGGGGUUUUACAGGAGUCCGUGA